CCUCCUUUCGUUGAGUCCGCAACAUCCUGACUGGCCGAGGUUGGUGAUCGCAGGCAGCGGCAAGCCCCCACAAGACGGAUGAAUUAGAAAACCUGCUGUAACCACCACCACCACCGCCCCCUUUCUUCCUUUUACUCAUUCUCAGUAUUGAAGACACUGCUGCCCCCCCAUCUUGACAGUGAGAAGCAGAUACAAGGCUUCCAGUGUAAGGAUUCACAAUGGGGAUCAAGGCUGCCCUCCCCAGAUAUGAGCUGUAUCUCUACACAGCUGUGCUCGCCGUGGCCUUGAUAUGGGCAGGCAGUUGGAUAUCUGACGCUUCAAGUGAGAAUAUAAACAGAAAGGCCUUCAAAGAAAGCGUGAAACCAGGAUGGCAUUACUUUGGCAGGAAAAUGGACGUUGCGGACUUCGAGUGGAUGAUGUGGUUCUCUACAUUCCGCAAUCAUAUCCUUUUUGCUCUCGCCGGUCACGUUAUCUUUGCCAAGAUAUUCACCCUGCUGGCUCCAAAGAUUGGUAUAGAUGGAUGUAAGCACAGAUCCUUGAUCUUUGGUGUGUACGGUGGUUUGGCAGUCCUGAUCACGAUGGGCUGGACCUUCAUGGCUCUGGUGGUGUCUCACUGCAUCAUACUCUACAGCGUCGCCCUGAUGAAGAUGAAAUGGCUGUGCUUCGUGGCCGGCCUUACCACGCUGGCCUCCCUCAAGCUGGAGCCCUAUAACUCCUGGCAGGAAGCCUUGGUGACCGGCUCUUUCGACCUGCAAGACAUCCUGUUCUAUGGAGGCUGCGGCUUCAGCAUCAUGCGCUGUAUGAGCUUCGCUUUAGAGAACUGUGAAAAGAAGGAUGGCAACUUCACAUUCUCUGACCUGCUGAGAUACAACUUCUACCUCCCCUUCUUCUUCUUUGGACCUAUCAUGACCUUCGACAGGUUUUAUGCCCAGGUGAACAACACCCAGCUGACCCGCAAGGACAGGGAGAUGUGGAACAUCACCUCCAAGGCCUUGUUACAUCUGGGUGUUAUCCUGGUGGUGGACGUCUUCUUCCACUACCUUUACAUCCUGACAAUCCCCAGUGACAUGAAGCUGGUCGCCAAGCUUUCUGACUGGUGUCUUGCUGGUCUGGCUUAUUCCAACCUGGUGUACGACUGGGUGAAAGCAGCCAUAAUGUUUGGUGUCAUCAACACUGUGGCUACGCUGGACCACCUGGACCCUCCUCAGCCUCCCAAAUGUAUCACCAUGCUCUAUGUCUUCGCUGAGACGCACUUUGACAGAGGCAUCAAUGACUGGCUGUGCAAGUAUGUUUAUGACUACAUUGGCCGGGAUCACGAUAAGAUCUUCAGGGAGCUCCUGGCAACCUUCUGCACCUUCGCCAUCACCACCUUGUGGCUGGGCCCGUGUGAGCUGGUUUACAUCUGGUCCUUUUUCAACUGCUUCGGCCUCAACUUUGAGCUGUGGGUGGCCAAGUUUUUCUCCAUUCCGCCAUUUUCUACCAUAGAGGGAGCAAUGGGUGAAGCCAUGUCACGCAGGAUCCGGGGUGUGUUCAAUGCCGCCAACUUCUGGGCCAUCGUCCUCUACAACGUUCUCUCCCUGAACAGUUUGGAGUUUGCCAAACUGGUGGGAAGACGGCUGAUUUUCAAAGGUUUCCCUCUGUCCACCCUCUCAGUGUUAUUCGUGACCUACUGUGGCGUGCAGCUGGUGAAGGAACGGGAGAGAAAACAAGCUCUGCUGGACGACCCGGAGCCGGCGAAGCCAAUAGACGGGGGCAAAGAAAAAGCAGAAUAAACGGACAGAAAAAGAACUGACUGUCGCAUACUUUACGGUCAACACAUUGUUCCAUCCUCAGCCUUGCGAACUGCACCUAACCAGACUGUAACAGCCAGUCAGCUCCUUGUAUUGUUCACAAGCCUGUGUGUGUUUUUCUUUCGCUUUUGCUUGUCAGAAGCGAGGCAAUGUUUUGAACUGUGAAAUAUCUUCAAGUGCACUUGCUGUAGAUAAUCGCCACGUCCUUUGGCACAAAUUCACCGAUGGUGCAUUUUGUAUUUUACCUGAACAAAAGAUUGUUUAACAAAUGAUAAGCCUGCUGAAUAUUUUAUGCUACACCUAAUAGUAUAUAUAAAGAUAUACAGUAUUGUAAAGGAACAACUACUUGUGUGGUUGUCUCCUGUGUUAAUUUUUUUUUUCUUCAGAUUUGGAUAUUCUUACUUUUUUUAAAAAAUCAUCGUCAAUAUGAUUAUUUUUAGUCAGAAUAGUGUCUCAAUUUUGCUGUAGACAAUGUUUAACCAUACUAAAGACUUGAUAAAACUUGAAAUCAGGGUGCCAGGUGUGGAGCGCAAUGAAGAAAACAAACAAAGGGUGCUGUGGAGGUCCUCCACAUAUAGCUUGCAGCUGAUUGUGAUGUAUAUUUGCUCUACUGUCACUAAGCAAUUAUGCAAGUCACAAUGUAGUCUAUUUUAAAGUUGAUGGAGAAUGUAUUAGAUCUCUUAUAAUGUUGUAAAACUGAAUGUACAGAGAACGACAGCUUUACUCCACUACCAUACAGGAGAUUACUGGGGGUGGGUGUGACAUUUCAAGCAUGUCUUCCCUCCACCCACAUGAUUCAUGAGGCUCGCCAUGAAAGGCAAUAUGGGUCACUCUCUUAUCCUGCCUGUCACCAAAACCUGCUGUCUGUCCUCAGUGCAGCGGCCAGAGAGAGAAAGAAGUUUAUGCAGAUUGCCUUUUUCUCAUUGUGGGGUUUUUAUUCAACGGUGUCGUUUCGAAUGUUUGACUUGGAAUAAAGUUUUGUUUCAUCCAAAAGUG